GUUAUGCCUCUAUCAAACUAAAACACACGCCUGCGAAUCAGCUUCCCUCCGACAGGAUCCAUCAAUCACUGCGAGCUCGCUAUCUCCCGCGUUGCCGUCAUGCCCAGUGUUGACGCAGCCGAGUCCUCGACGACUGGCGGCACUGGCAACCCCCAGUCGCGCAAGUCGCGCCCGCCGCAGCUCUCCCUCGGCCUCGGGACCUAUCGUCCUUCGGCGCUCUCGAACACCGUCAUCGAAUACGACUCGCCCGUCGACGUCGACAGUGACCUACAGCUGUCCUCUCCAGGUUCAUCCACCUCGGGCGAAUUCUUUUCCAACGACGAGAGCGACCAGGCCGGCUCCAGUGGCGACGAUGCCGCAGUGGAAUCGGACGAUCUAACCCGCGGCCUCAAGUCCCUCUCCGCAUUGCGCAAGAAGCUCAGUACCAACUUGCGCUUGCGCCCCAUCAAAUCCUCCACAUCCCUGAAGCAGCAGAAUUCUCUCUCGCCACGCAGGCCUUCAGCCUCAGCGCUCACACCCACCCCUUCGUCCACAGGCUCGUUCCCCAGCAGUGCGCAACAUCCCGGUUUCACCCCCGGUCCCCGUUCCGUGCCAGGCCGCUCACAGUUAGUGCGUUCGCCAUCACCCACGAGCACGGUCAGCGAAGUACCGAGCGUUUACUGGACGCCUACAUCCGGGACGCCGCUGCAAACGCCGCUCAGCGCCCACUUCAUCGGUCCUUCCAGCCGUUUGUCGGUCGACCUCUCCAAGUUAACCUCUGUCGCUACACCCUCGACCUCGACAUCUCAAGCACCCCUUUCUGUUCCCUCCACCUCUCAUACGUUCGGCGGAAACCCUAAAACCUCAGACACCGCUUACUUCUCCCCUACACCUUCCCCCGGUCCUCUCCCAUCGACCUCCGCCUACGGCCGGGAAUCACAACCCGUCGAACCAUCUUCUCUUGCGACACGUCUUCUGUCUUCACCCACGCGCCCGCUAUUGAUCGACACACGUCCCCUUCCGGCCUAUCUUUCCACCCGCCUGCAGCAUUCCAUCAACCUUGCCAUCCCCACCUUGAUCCUGAAACGAUGUCGUAACCCCAAGAAUGCGUUUCAGUCAAUACACGCGUUGCGCCAAUACAUCACCACGGAUGAGGGGAGGGAAGAGUGGGACGAGCUGUUGGGUACUGAGGAUCCAGGAGCGGAUGAAGAUGUGAAGAUUGGUGACCGACGAAGGAGCGGGGAGGGUGACGGUGGCGGUUGGAUGUGGGAUGGCGACGUGAUCGUAUACGACAACGACAUGGACGAGAAAGACAAGGGCAGUCUGCAGUCGACGGCGUGGGCCAUGCUACCUGUCCUCGGCCCUCUGUUGCAUCACGGCAGCGCCGACUACCUCAAAGGCGGCCUUGCGGGUGUGCUUUCGCAGCCCGACCUGCAUAAGCUGCUCCAUAACGACUCCGGCAUGCCCAUGUCUGAUGCUCAAACCAGUGGCAUCAGCAUAGCUCAUUUGGGUAGUCCCAGACGGAAACCGGCUCAAUUGGCUGUAGGUGGCUCGGGGAGCCCUGGCCCCAGUCCAGGGAAGAAGCCUGGCGGACUGUUCCAGCUCAACACUCAAGUUGCCACACGAUUCAAGACGAUGCCUGUGUUGGACCUUUCCAACUCGGCUUCGUCUGAACACCCCUCUCCGUCUUCGGCGCUGCCCUCGCCGUCACACGAAUCAGCUGCCCCAACUGGUCUCAACCAAUCGACUAUCGAUCUCUCGAAGCCGAGCGAAGGCACCUCCACCAUCCCCCUACCCUCCACUUCCGCGCACUCGCCGCUACCCUCUCCCGGUCCAUCUCCUCUACCCAUGAUGUCCUCUAACCUCAUGGCCUCUUCCUCCCGCCCUCGUCAUCACACUAUCACCACCGUCGCCUCCGGAUUAGCGGACGCGACCCCCUCCCCGCCACCCUCGCAGCUCUCGUUCUCCCGCCCACCCCCACCACGGCGCCCUAGCGUUCCAUCGCUUCGCAAGCUUGACACUACCUCGGCCGAGAGAUUAAAUAUGAACUUGCCCAAAUUACAGGUUCGGACUCUCCCCGUGAAGUCGCUCACGCUUUCCGUCCCUCCAUCGGCGGUGGAGGAACGCCCAUCGAUGUCUUUGGGGGGGCUGGGUCUGAGACCGCCGAGGUCGCCUACCCACCUCAACCUGGUGCAUUCGAAUCAUUCACCUCCAGGCUCGGCGUUCCUAAAGGCCCCAUCGAGCUUUGGUUCCUUCCCCUACUCAUCCGAUAGACCACCCCCGUCCCCCGCCUUCCACAGCAGCUUCCACACUGGCCCGCCGCCUAGCCCCGGUCAUCGCACUCCGCGUUCCUCAACCUCACCAUUGCCACCUUCUCCUUCUACCGCGCGGCCCACGCCCGAUACUGAGCAGCCUCCAUCCACCUCUUCCGACGCUGGUGAGCGCGAAGACGACUUCACGAUAUCGACGAUACUCCCCAACUUCUUGUUCCUUGGACCUGAGCUCACCACGGAGGAACAUGUGCAAGAGCUGUUGGAUCUUGGCGUGAAGCGGAUCUUGAACAUCGCAAUGGAGUGUGACGACGAUCAAGGGCUGGGUUUGAGACAGAAGUUUGAGCGGUAUAGUCGCAUUCCCAUGCGGGACACUGUCGAAGAGGACAACAUCAGGAACGGCGUCCGUGAGGCCUGUCAGUUACUUGACGACGCGAGAUUGCACUCGGCGCCGACGUACGUGCACUGCAAGGCGGGCAAAUCGCGCUCCGUGACGGCCGUCAUCGCGUACCUCAUACAUGCCAACCGAUGGACAUUGUCGCGCGCAUAUGGGUUUGUGAAGGAGCGGAGGAAGGGCGUCUCGCCGAACAUUGGUUUCGUGUCCGAGUUGAUGGUUUUUGAGGUGGAGGAAAUCGGCGGCAAGUCGAAAGGCGUGGUGCAGCCAUCCUCUGCCGGCGUUGCCCAUGACCAUGACCACGACGUCGGCCCCGGCGACUACACUCACGGAGGUCGGCGUCCAGCUGGCAUGCGUGACUCGCUCCCGCCCCCUUACGUGCGCCAGGAAAGUGACGGUGUGCUGAUUAUACCUGGCGUGAAUGAUAGUGGGCAGGAGAUGGAGAUCAAGGAUAGCGAGGGGCGGUAUAGGCACGUGAGGAGGGCGCCGGUGGACGAGACAACACUGCAACCUAUUCGGAGGGUUAGCAAGGCUGGGUUGGAGAGUACAUGGUACAUGUAG